ACUAUAGUGUGACGUCAUGUUAGCUUUGUUUAAUUUUACAGUUAAUAAUUUUAUGUGACUUUGUCUAGUCAAAACAUAGCCAAAGCAAGUUACUUUUGUGGCCUAUAAAUGGUGGCACCCUAAUCCGAAACACUGUAGUCCGAAGUGAAGUCUGCAGACCCUCUAAACAUGGAUGGAAAAGAACUAUCUGAGCCAGCAGCCUUACUGCCAAAAGUCGUCUGCGUAACCACAUUGGCAGACAGCAUUGAAACUUCAGGAGACGCAGCCACCAUGGGUAGUGACCCAAGUAUCUUCGAUGGCGCUAUACGAGCUCCACUGAAAAAGCCUAACGGGAGCGUCAGCCGGUGCUAUGAGUGUAGUGUGUGUGGGCGGCGUUUUGUGAACAGGAAGGCUGCUAAAAAUCACCUUGUCUUGCACACGGAUGAGAUGAAAUACACCUGCACCGUCUGCAACUUAAAGUUCGCCCAAAGGCCCGCUCUCUUCAAACACCAACGCGUCCACACCGGUGAGAUGCCGUAUACAUGCCAAGUCUGCCCGUCCAAAUUCUGCCAUAAGGCAUCUCUUGACAGACACAAGCAGUUACAUGCUAGUGGAGUUGACCUGUUCCCCUGCGACGAGUGCGGGAAGACCUUCAAGCACAAGGGUAACCUACAGCAGCACCUGAAGUGGCACAAAAUGGAGAAGCCAUACAAGUGCCAACUGUGCCCGGCCGCCUUCGCAUUGAAGUUGCGUCUGGAUAGCCACAUGCUCAAGCAUACGCGUGACAGAUCAUACAGCUGCCCUUUGUGCCAGAAAUGCUUUGCCUCACGGAAUUGCCUCACAAUGCACAUGCGCUGGCUUCAUGACAGAGUAGAGACGGCUGCAGUGAAUGGGAACACCAGGGCUGAGAUCACGUCGCCAAGCAGCCCUUCGUCUACACUGCCAUCGGGCCCCCUAGACAUGGAAGGAAAAGAACCAUCUGACUCAGCAUCCCUGCCACCAAGAAUCAUUGUCAUAAACCUACAAACAAGCAGCACUGAAACUUCAAAGGAUGCAGCCAUUAUGGAUAGCGACCCAGGAGUAUCUGCUGGCAUUGUAGGAACCCCAGUGAAGAAGCCCCGCAGGAGUGUCGGCACGAGCCACGAGUGUAGUGAGUGCGGGCAGCGCUUUACUAGGAGGGAGUCUCUGAAAUAUCACCUGGUCUUGCACACGGGCGAGAAGAAGUACGCCUGCCCCAUCUGUGGCCGGAAGUUUGCCUUGAGGGCCAGUGUCGUCAGGCACCAGCACGUUCACACGAGUGAGAUGCGGCAUGCAUGCCCACAGUGCCCGUCCAAAUUUCGUAAGAAGAGGUCGCUCGAGACGCACCUGCGGUUACACGUGAACGGAGUGAAUUUGUGUCACUGCUCCGAGUGCGGCAAGUCCUUCAAGCAGAUGAAGACCUUGCAGUGGCACCUCAAGUGGCACAACAGAACAAAGCCGUACACAUGCCACCUGUGCCCAGCUGCUUUCAUGGACAACAGUGCUCUGGCCAGGCAUGCGAUGGUGCACACAGGUGAAAGACCACACACCUGUCCUGUGUGCCAGAAACGCUUUGCCUUGAAGAACAACCUCAAAUCACACAUGCGCCUGAUACACGGUGGAGUUGAGGCCACUGUGGUGAGUGCUGACAGCGGGGUGGAAAUUACGAUACCAAGGAGCCCUCUGAACACGCUGCCUCCUGUCGUGUCAAGCAUUGACAUCAAGGUGGAGCCAAGUAGCCCUCCGAGCACGCCACCUCCUGUUGUGACAAGUGUUGACAUCAAGGAGGAGAUUGUGCUACCACAUAGCCCUCCACCUUCGCUGCUUCCUAUUGUGACGAGUGUUGACGUCAAGGAGGAGAUAGUGCUACCGCAUAGCCCUCCAUCUUCGCUGCUUCCCGGACCUCUAGACAUGGAUGGAAAGGAACUAUCUCAGCUAGCAGCCCAGCUGUCAAGCACCACCUUCAUGACUCCACAGACCAGCAGUACAAACUUCGAGAGACACAGCCAUCAUGGAGACUGAUGCAGGAAUCCCUGGCAGUACCAUUUCAACUCCAGCUACGCAGGUUAACAAAGGCAUCAGCGUGAACGAAUCCCACAAGUGCAAUGUGUGCAGGCAUUGUGUCACGCACAUGUGUGACGAGGAAGACGCUAGCCCCAUUUGUGAGCAGACGCUUACCCCAGAGCACUCGCUCACGGCCCAACAACUCGCGCAAUCUGAUGGCAAGGAGCGGUUCACCUCUCAUGCACAAUAGCACUCACAUGGACUAGAGCCUGUUCGUGUGCAAAGAGUUACAAGUCAUAUGCUGAUGCAUAUCAGCAGGCGAGAGGCUGCACAAGUGCAACAUGUAGUCUGCAUUUCAUGCAUAAGGCAAUGUUAAAUCACCAUCUCCACACUCACAUGCUCGAGAAGCCAUACAAGUCUGAGCUGUGUCCAUCUGCUUUCUGUCACAAGAGGUCACUGGACAGUCACAAGCAGCUGCAUGCAUGUGGAGUGGACCUAUGCCACUGCCACGAGUAUGGCAAGACUUUUGCGGAGAGGGAAGCCUUGGAGCAGCACCUGCAGUAGAAUGCAACCUUAAAGCCUCACAUAUAUUACCUUUGUUUGGCUGAGUUGAUAGAGAGCACUGUCUGAAUGUGCACAUGCGUACACACACGGGCAAGAAACCAUACAAGUGCUCCAUUUGUGAAAAGGCCUUUGCCUUGUCCUGUGACCUUGUGAACUACAGGUGUCAUGUGCACAAUGGAGUGAAGUUCAGAAUGAUGGGUGUUGGCCACAGUCCAAUGCUUUCACCACCAAGAAGCUGUUCCAGCAUAUGUCACCUCCUGCACGUGUAAAAACUGAAGAUCUUGAAUACCUCUCGGGGAUGGACGAUCUGAUUACAGGUAAUGUGCAGUUGUGAUUAGCUGCCACUGUCUGCUUGGCUUUAUUAAACAGUGCAAAUGUCUACCAGAAUAUGUACAGUAUUGAACAAAAUGAUAUAUUUCGCA